GUAAGACUCAGGUGUGACAAGACGAAAGCUUCCUGUUGAUUAAAGUCGCUUGUCUUGUUCAAUGACAAACAAUCCUUUCUUCCUCAAUUCAAUCCUAUAUUGCAGUUGAUGUAGCGAACAGCAUUCAUUGUCCCAGUUUCUCACUAUGUCCUUGUCAACAAGUGUUCGUCUUUACGAGUAUAAAGUGGCACUCAUUUGCAGUAUCAACUAGAGAUCAAACCUCACUUACAUAUUGUCAUCACUUCAAGAAACCCGAACAGCAUCUUCCUUCUCAGAAACCAUCAUCUCUAAAGUAUUUCGUGCAACCACAGUUAUGCCCUCACAACAAAACUCACCUACUUCCGCCUCGGGCUCUGGCUCUGGCCUCAUCCCGCGCAACACUCUUCUCGGCCUGCCGGAAGAGCUUCAAGCUCUGAUCGUCGACAUAAUCGACAAAGGCGGUGAUACCAACGUGGAUACUUUGUGUAGGCUGACCCUGACCUGCACGCAUAUGCACCGGAUUGCCCGUUCGUAUGUAUUCCGCGCUAAAGACUUUAGAGUGUUUCGGCGGGCUGUUGAGUCGGCCUACGUGCCGAUGAUGCGUCUUUGUGAAGAACACGGCGCCGCACCGGUCGAAAUAACCUGGCCUGUAAGACAGUCGUGGAGGGAGUAUCGACCAAUUGAUGCUCUACUCCUCAACUUGGACGAGCGGCCAGAUAGUCGGCGAAGCGAACAGCUGCAGAACAGAAUUCGGAUAAGUGUCUACGAAGCUCUUAAGUGGCUCCUUGAGAAGGGUGCUGACGCGGAAGCGAACUUGGUAAGUGAAUCGUUCAACGGUUUUCGUUACGAACGACUGGAUAUGGGUCUUGGACAUAUGCCCACACGACUCCUGAAGCAACUCCAAAUUAACAUUGGUAGACCUGGAGUUGAAAUGUACCUCAACAUGAUUGAGCUGUUGAGUAGCCAUGGCUUUCCGAACCCAACUCGAUCCAACGCCCUCGACAGCGUGCUAGCCACCGACGUGGUCCCGUUCUACCAUGCGGCGUCUGACUGGACGGACACGCACCCAUACCCUUUUGUCGACGGUGCGAUAACGGAGACUUAUUUCACGGAGUCUCCGAUAGACCUGGCACUCAAGUCGCACAUCCCGCCUCGUCUGCUGGAAUUGAUUUUGAAGGAGUAUGCCAGUCGAGGUGUCAGCCUACUGACAGUGUACGACGAGUGUCCAGAAGGUCUCAAGAAGACCUGUAAGGGAAAGAGGCCUGGAAGGGAUGAUGACUGGGUGGGCGUUAGUUCCAUUGGUACACUCAUCGGAACUCUUCAUGCUGAUUUGCACAGCACAUCGGCGACCCGUUGGAAGGCAUCGUAUCAUGGAGAAGUCGCUGACAUUUUCCGGCAGAAGCUCGACAUCAUGGUCGAGUACGAGAUGGUUGACGUGGUUGAGGAGGCUCUGCUUAAGAGUAUACUCGGGGCUCUGUAUAUCAUCACAGCUCAAAUUUCUGCGACAAGGCGCGGAAGGCCGGCGCAGUUCAAGCGCUCGUGGGUGACGCUAUGCGAGGCAGUGCGGCCCUAUUGCACCAACGAGUACGAUUUACUGUACGAUAUAAACGGCACAAUUAUUCGAAAUGGACCUGGGCGCGUCCAUGAGUUCGCUAUUGAUACUAAGUGGAAUCCAUGGUAUAUGUGGUUCGUGUGGUCUGAUGCAUGCAGACGUCUUAAGCUGACGAAACAGAAGAUCAGUGAAACCGACUUCUCUGAGAAUAGAAGGUUUUUCUGGCAGAAAUGCCAUGGGUAUGAGAUCGAGUUCAUACUGGGGUAUUUUGAUCGUGAUAAGGUCCAGCCUUGGUACGACGUUGAUGUGGACGAGUGGUGUCGGCAGAUGCUGGAAGCUUUUACUGAGGACGGGAUUCGAACUGACUUGCAGGAUGAUGUUCGCAGCUGGUGCGAGUCCAUGCAAGAAGAAUAUGAUGAAGAAUCAAUCUACCUUGAAUGGUGGAAGCAGCUCACGAGAACGUAAUGAAAGGAGUUGUUUGGGCGAGAAAUACUAGAUCUAGCUGGUACGGGGUUAGCAUUCGCGAUACUGGGGGACAAGUAGGAUCAGGCGUUUUUGUUAGGUUUCGCCACGAACGAGCGCUGGACGCUCUUGAAUUGAUUGGAUAGAAAAGUUUCAUUGAAGCUAUCACGAG